AUGGUUCAGCCGGCGUAUUCUACGAAGGAUCAUCCAGCAGGCUUGCGGCAACCACAUGUGAUGACCCCGGGCUGGAUGCCGCUUCAUCCACAUCAUCCGGACCAGUUGACCGUGGAGGUGCUGAAUGGCACCAAGGGCAAAGUGGACAGUCCCAAGAUGGAGGUAUCGCGGGUUUCCAAGUCCAAUCUGUUCCGUCUCUUCCGCACUGUGUGCCAGCGUGCAGGCCGAGCCGAUCUGUUGGCAUUAACGUCCUACGCCUACGCUAAGAAGGCCGCCACUUCGUUCCAGGAUGCCAAGAGGCUGUUCUUCCUGGCGCUGAGCCAACAAGGAUACGGCGCCUGGAUCGGGAAGCCCUUGGAAGAAAAGAGUUUCGAGGGAGAAGCCAGAAGCGCUGAUCUAAGGGGAGGAAGCGGGGACGGACAGGAGCCGGGCCCUCCAGGUUGCGCUGUUGACCCCAAUAGCUGCAUGAGCUCAAAUAACGACAACUUUACCUCUGCAGCACAGGGCUUUUAGGGAUAGAGAGAGAUGAUGAGAGAAGAAAUGAAGGGAGUGGAGGAGUGGCCGGCGGCAAAGAGAGAAAGAAUUGAGGAGGUUUGUCUUGUAGCUGUUUCUUGUCCUGUGGCUUUGGGAUUUGAACUUUAACCAUCAUGACAAAGCAGAAACGGAUGCUGCCAUGGCAACAGAGCUAUAAACCCAAGGCAAAUUGGACUUGAUGAGACACGAAGUAAAGAUUUUAGAGAUUUUAGAAAGCUACAACUAAAGGGUUGCAUUUGUUGUAGUGGGUGUCCCGCUUUAAUUUUUCCCACUUGCUACACACAUCACAAUACUGUGUUAUGUGAAUGCGUGGCCACAUUUCUGUAGGGUAAUCCAGUUUUUUUUUUUUUUUUACUUUUUCUACCAUUGUCUUGUUGGUUCAUAUGAUACAUUUAGGUAAUUCUUACUCAAUUAAAAAUACUUCUGACAGCUGAUGCUAGUCAGGUCACGUAACAUUCACGAGACAUUCAGUUAGGCUGCAAUGGAUCCUUUGUGACUUUUAAAGUGGUUUAAGGGUUAGUUUACUCAGAAACGGAAAAUUGUCAUAAUUUAUUCACCCUCACGUUGUUCAAUACCUGCAUUAUUUUUUCCCCCCUUCUGUGGAACAUAAAAGAAGAUAUUUUAAGAAAUGUCUGUGCUGUUUUUUUGUCUGUAGAGUAGAAGUCAGUCACCAAAACGGUUUGGUUACAUUAUUAAAAAUAUCUUGCGUGUUCUUCAGAUAUGAACAAACGUAUAAAGGUUUAGAGUGACAUGAGGGAUAGUAAAUAAUGAUAGAGUUAGAAUUUUUGGGUGAGCUGUCACCAAGUUGAUCAUCAUAUACUAAUUUGUAAUUUAUCCAGUUUUAUUUUUUAUUCCUGUAAAUUCUCUGUUCACUUCAGUUCUGCAGUUCUUCAUCAAAUGAAGUUCCACAUACCAAACUUGGACUAGACUGCUUGAAAUGUAUACAUAAUGUACCUACAGAUACAUAUGCACACAGGUGUAUAUAUAAAGUCUAUGGAACGAGUUUAUAUAUAUAUGCGUGUGUGUUUAUGUAUGUGCAUAUAUUGUGUGUAUAUAUUUUGUAAUAAUUCUUAAAUCAUAUUAUUUUCUACCUAUACAUUUUUAGGAUGCCUUUUUAUAUAUGUAUGUUUUGUUUUGACUGCUGUUUAUGUGUGGUGUUUAGGAGGCUUGUGAUAGAUAUUGCAUGCAGCCAAACAGUCUUCAUUCUGAUUCGUGAGAGCUAUAGCCGCUGAAGAACAGCACAAACCAAUCAUAUGCAUAUUUGUGUGCGUGUGUGCAUGCACACAUCUUGAACCGUUUCUUGGAAUAUUAUUUGCACUGCUUAUGUUUAAUGUGUUCAAACACUGUCAAUUGAUGCACUGCUUCAAGGCUAAAGCAAUAUUUACAUUUUCUUUCCUUUCAGCAAAUGUGAUUCUGUAUGCCUCGAACAUUUGUCAUCAAAUCAUUGAAGCCUGCUCAACCGUUCUUUUAAGAUGAGUUCUGUUCUUUUAAAACUAAAGAAUAUUUUCUUUCUAUGUGCUGCAGAUGAAUAUCUUAUUUUCACAGCAAAUUCUGAACCUGCUCUGUUUACAGUGUAACUCUAAUGUAUUUUCCAUUAAAGUUGGAAUCGAAUAUUUA